UUCCUGAAGGGAUACUUUCUUCUUUAAUGCAAAUAUACAAAAAAUAAGGAAAGCAGCCCCUUGCAAUGGCCCAAAAGUUGAGCAGCACUCCUUGCCACAGCUUCUACUCCUCACUACAGGCAACUUACAGACGAGGCAAUGCCAGCCUUCUCAGAGGUGGGCAAGGACAAGAGAAAGCAGACAGCAAGAAGAGGCUUAAGCUGUGCCAGGGGACAUUUGGGUUGGACAUUAGGAAGAACCUUUUCCCCAAAAAGGGGGAUUCCAUAUUGGAAUGGGUUGCCCAUGGCCGGGGUGGAAUCCCCACAGCGGGAGUAGGCCAGGAAAGGAAAGCCUGGGCGUGGCACUCAGUGCUUCGCUCCAGUUGCCGUAGUGGGGAUGCAUCACAGGUUGGACGCCACGGUCCCAACAGGGCUCUUGCAAGGCGACGGAUGCCGUGCUUCUGUGACAUCGCAGCCCCUGGGCACAGUGCGGUGGUUGGCAUCCGCUGCCAGCCCGUGCCCAGAGCCCGGGCAGAAGCGGGCGCGCACAGAGCGAGGCCAGAGCCUGUGUGUGUCGCGCAGCAGCACCAUGGCCGGCCAGGGCUUCCCCUGGCUCCUGCCGCUUGCGCUGCUGGUGAUCUUGGACCGUCCCCUGGACACUUCCAGCCGUCCUGCCGGGGACGCGGGUACCUCGGCUCUGCUUGCCGAGGUCCCGGAGCAGUGGGACGUGUGCCCAGCGACGACCCCCUUGGAGCACGUAGAGCUGCUUUCUUUGAGCUGCGUAGCCCUGGACCUGCUAGUGACGGGCGUCUCGCUCAGCUGGUGGCUGCGAAAAAGGCUCCGGAGCUGCUGGCGAGAGGAAAAGCACCAGAGCCCCUCGGUCUCUGCAGGGACGGGCUGCCAGCGACACGGCUGCUGCAAGGAACUGCUCCAGUUGCUGAGGGACAACCGUGCCCUGAUGCGGCUGUGCGUGCGCCCUCUGCAGAGGCCCAGAAAGAAGAAACCAAGGAAAUGGGGCAUUUGGAACAGGAGGAGACUCUACUUCUCCCCUGGAUGCUGCCUCUCCAGCCCAGCUCUCCAUUUGUAGAUCUCUGCUGGGGAUGCAUGACCAGUGCUCAGCCCGGGCACUGCAACAUCCCCCACCAUAGGUGUUAUUAGUGAAGCCCCCCAGUCUUAGGCUUAGGUUUAGGGUUCCCAGCAGUAUGCUCCCCGAGAAGUUGUAGUUUCUCAUAGAGUUCAAGUUGUCAAAAGUUGAUGUAGUCUUAGGCAUAAGGUUCUCUCCCCUGUCGUCUUUGCACCCCCUAGCUGUAGCUCUUAGGAGAAGUCCCAAUCAGAAAGUUCUCACCCUUUCUCUACAUUGCCACUGUACAAUUUUUUAUUGCUGUUGCAUCUGAGAGGGGACAGAGCCAUUGCAUGGUUUUGCACCAGAUCUGCAGAGCAGCUGGAAUGGGAAGAGCAGUGCUUGAGAGGGAGAGUAUGGAGGGCAGGUGGGAAGAAGACUGUGGGCAAUAUUGUCUUGCCUCCAUCUUUAAAAGAAGCUCUGAUUCGAUCAGUGUCCUCACUGUGCCAGGUGGCCCCCAAAGGCACAGGGAGGUGUUGUCUGGGUGGUGUAUGCUGGACAACUCAAAGAAGUCCUUUAUCAGGAAGAAGUUUGAGACACACACAAGGCUGCCUAGCAUUUUUUCUAUUCUUCUUCUAUGUUUCUACCUUUCUAGGAAGCCCUCCACCCCCUUUCGUGCUAAGUAAAGAAAGAUGGGAGCAACUUUCUGUAAGAAACAGAAUAUUCAUUCUAAAUUAGGUCCUUACUGCUCACAAAAAUUGAAUAAAACAACCUUAAAUUGAACAGAUGUUAAUACUCUACCAAAUUACUGCAGCAGCUCCUAUCCAUUCCUUCAGCAUCCAUACAGCUUCAGAAAAAUCCAACCAACCCAAACAUCUUUAAUUCUCAUCUCCACUUGAAAACAGCCUUGCUGCUCCUUUCUCUUCAAAUCCCCCUCCUGCUAAUAGGCAUCACUUUAAGGGGCAUCCUGCCACCAUGGACCAAUAGCUGGAGCCAUAGCACCUGAGGUUCUGCUCUCCAUGUGUAUUUGAGUAUCUGAUUAUUCCCUUUGUUUUAUUUUGAGCUCCUCUGUUUAUAAUGCAUCAAAUAAUAUUUUCAGUCUGCUAUUAGAAUACUUGGAGUUUAUCAUAUCCUUCUAAUCCCUUGAAUCCUUAAUCCUCAAAAUAAAUUUCAUUAGAUGUUUUCAGCA